GGAUGAGCAAUUGACCACAAAGUGCGGGUUCGUAGCCCCCUAGUUUGGUUAUUUUCUGUCAUCCACCCCACAUCUUUUUGGACUGGACUUGCACACAGCAUCAGCAUAAGCUUCAGCUAAUUCGCAUUUGAUUAUUUAAAUUAGCGAAAUGAGUGACAGGCAGAGGCAGCGAGUGAGGGAGGAAACACGCGCUCAAAUUGAAUAGUUUGCGCGGCGUCCGAUGUCCGAUGUCCGAAAAGAUCCAAAAAUAAAUGGCAGCUGGGCAUUUGGGCACUUUGGAAUGGGCAUACAGAUGCGGAGCGACCUGGAGCAAAUCGGAGCAUCGAGCAAAUCGGCAGUGCUUUGUUAGACCGCCGAACUGCGAGACCAGCGAAAGCCAGCGAAUUCAGAUUUCGCAGUUUCAGAAAAUGUAUUCAGUGCAGGGGCGACAUUCGCAGCGGCAGCGGCAACGAAAGCGACAGCCAUAGCAUACCCAUCCACAUACCCACACACUUGCACCUAGUCACCUGGCACCUGGCAUCUAGCACCCACACACAUACGCAGAUCACCAAUACAGGCGCGAACAGAAAGAACGAGAGAGAGUGUGUGUGCGGGAGAGAGCAUUGAAGAAAGCAUUGGGAAGAAAAGAAAGUGGUCAAGAAGAAGGAAAGCAGGAACGCGUGUGUGCGUGUGUGUGUGUCUGUGUGUUGGUGAAUGCAAGCCGGAAAUGGCGAAAUUAGUGACGUACAUCUUCAUCGUCAGCUCGCUGGUCCUCUGGUACCUGCUGCUGUUCGGGGGCAGGGGCGUCAGGGGUGUCAGGGGCGUGGAGGCCACCAAUGGGCACGGGGGUCAGCUGGAGGGACGCGACUUUCAUCACCACGGCGGCAGUCACCACAUUCGCCGUAACAUAAAUCACUGCUGGCGCCGCUACGAUGGCUACAAUCUGCAGAACACGGUGGUCAACAAGAAGGAGCAGCUGAAGAAGCCCUAUGGCAUAUUGUGCAACUUCAAGUGCACCUGGUUCUUCACCGUCAGCUUCCCCACUUGCGAGUUCAUCUACGAUUAUAAGUUAUCCUGCGUGCUGUUCACUUCACUGCCCGACUGUACCAGCGUCCAGUGUACGCUUAUGAAUUACUUUGUAGCAUAUCACUGUUAUUAUUAUUCGGACCAGCUGAUGGACGUACGAGGUAAUACCGCACGCGUUGCUUCCGGCCUUGCUCAGAUUCGGGACGAUGGGUGGGUUUUUCUAAGUGUAUUACUCGCAGUGCUGGCGUCGUAUGCAAAACGAAUUAUUAAAUUUCGCGUGCUUCGGGAAUUAUAGGGAAAGGGCACUCAGAUCCGAAAAGAACAAAAAAAAAAAUUAAAAAAGGAAACAUUGGGGCGAUAGACAGAAAAGAAUUUAGGAAACAAGGCGACUUGAAAAAUUGUUGCUAUGGCUGUUUUUAUAGCAACUGGUAUUAGCCCACCCAACCUUGACCAUUUUAUUCCGUACAAGAAAAAAUAAAUAAUUUCAAAUGGUCCCUAUUUUCAAGUUCACGUUUUAACACCCUAUCAUUUUUAGGUUCAGCAUGACCCCCACGGCAGAAAAAUUAGCAAAUCAUUUCAACUUCAAAACAUUUUAUUCAUAAGACUAAGUUUUUUCCCAUUUAAUUUCUCCAUCUAAAAUUGGCCUAAAUCAUAACUUCUAACAUGAGCUUAUUUAUUAUUUUUU